AUGAUCUGGAAUCGUUAAAUAAUAUUUAAUUUUUUUAAAAUAAGAAAAUCGGUGCCCACAGGAAGUUUUCCCUGGAGGAAACAGACCCCAAACAUCUCUUGCUGCCAAGCAGGGCACCGUUGGGCGCGCGCGGGGGAGGGAGGAUCUACGCAGAAUUGGCUGCGCGGAGGAGGCGCACGUUGCGAUUGCGCUUGCGCGCUGGUGAAGGCCCGGAGAUGGGGAAGAAGCACAAGAAACACAAGUGCGAGUGGCACUCGUAUGAUGGCUUUAUCGAUAAACCCCCUGAAAAGCCACUUAAGCUGGUACUAAAGGUGGGAGGAAGUGAAGUUACUGAGCUCUCUGGUUCAGGCCACGAUUCCAGCUAUUAUGAUGACCGGUCUGAUCAUGAAAGAGAACGACAUAAAGACAAGAAAAAGAAGAAGAAGAAGAAGUCGGAGAAAGAUAAGCACAUUUCAGAUGAAGAACGUAGGAGGAGGAAGGAAGAAAAGAAGCGAAAACGUGAAAAGGAACACUUAGACAGUGAGGCUGAUGCUGACGAGUUUGAUCCAGGAAAAAGGAUUGAAGUUGAACCCCCAACAGAUCGGCCAGUCCGAUCAUGCAGAACAAAGGAACAAGCGGAAAGUGAGAAUACACCCUUGCAACAGCUGUUGGAGCAUUUUUUGCGCCAGUUACAGAGGAAAGAUCCUCAUGGAUUUUUUGCAUUCCCUGUUACGGAUAGUAUUGCACCUGGUUAUUCUAUGAUAAUCAAACAUCCAAUGGAUUUCAGCACCAUGAAGGAUAAAAUCCUAGCAAACGAAUACAACUCCAUUACAGAAUUUAAGGGUGAUUUCAAGCUAAUGUGUGAUAAUGCAAUGACUUACAACCGACCUGAAACAGUGUACUACAAGGCAGCAAAGAAGCUACUUCACACAGGAUUUAAAAUGAUGAGUAAAGAGCGUCUGUUAGCUUUGAAGCGCAGCAUGACAUUCAUGCAGGAGAUCGAUUUUUCUCAGCAGGCAGCACUGUUAGGCGAUGAAGAUAUAGCGCAAGAGGAAACUGUUGCAGAAGUUACUGUUGUACCUGUCGAAACAACAACCAAGAAAUCCAAGAAACAAAUUAAAGAAGUCAUAAGUUACUUGUAUGAGCCAGAAGGGAACGCAUGCAGCUCAACAGACAGUACAGCUGAGGAACAUGUCCUAGCCCUAGUGGAACACGCAGCAGAUGAAGCCCGGGAUAGAAUUAACAGAAAUGCUGCAAACAGCAAGAUUGGCUACCUCAGAAAGGAUGGUGAUGGUCCUCUGCUCUUUGCUGUUGUAAACCAGUCUGAUCCAGAGACAGAAGAGGAAGAGGUUCACCAAGUUGACCUGAGUUCCCUUACAACUAAGCUCCAACCAGGUAUCAAUACUAUGGGAUUUAAAGAUGAUAGGAGAAACAAAGCUUUAUCAGUUACUUAUUUGAACUGUGUGUAUACAGCACAGUCCAUAGAAAACAAUACCAUCUUCCCUAACCUUACCCCAGAGGAGACUGAGCUGCUGUAUUCCACGUAUGGAGAAGAGACUGGGGUACAGUGUGCCUUAAGCUUACAAGAAUUUGUUAAAGACUGUGGAAGCUCCACAAAGAAAAUGGUUGAUGACUUGUUGAAUCAGAUCACAGCAGGGGAACAUUCCAAAGCUGUAUAUCAUUUAUCACAGAAAAGAAAUAUUGAGCAAAAAGCAAGUAAAGAUAUCAACAUGAGUCUUGAUGAAGUGCAGGCUCCAGCAAUUUUUAUAAAAGAGGAACCCAAAUUGCAGCCUGCCUGUCCAGAAGCAUCUAAACCAAUAAUGGCUGGAGGGGCAAAUGGUAGUGCAAGCGACAAUCGAACUGGUUUGGAUUUCAUCCCUGUAAAGUCUUAUUCUGAUGUCUCCUUGGAUAUUUCUUUAUUGAACUCACUCGGGAAAAUAGUGAAGAAGGAGCCUGAUCACGACGAUAACCAGAGAAAUCUGGAUGAGACCACCAAGUUGCUGCAAGACUUGCAUGAGGCUCAAACAGAACGUGUCAGUUCUCGACCUUCCUCAAAUCUCAGCUCAAUCUCCAGUAACUCCGACCGUGAGCAGCAUCACCUAGGGAGUCCUCCUCACCUGAAUGUCGGAGAACAGGGAGACUUAGUUCAAGACUUCCGUGAAUUUCUUCAGUCUCCGAGUAAUACAGCUGCAGGCAGCCUAAACCGGAGUAGUGAAAACUCCUAGUAUGUGUACUGUAGUAAAAAUAGGCCGCCCUGGAAAGCAAAAGAAUGGAUUCCUCUUCACUUUUACAUACAGACCAGAGUAUGAGAACGAUUCUUUCCAAUAGCUUUCAAAUGUAAAGUGGAUAUUUUCUAACUUGAAAUCUGCUGCAAUUCAAAGGAUGUCUCCUGUUCUCAUUUCAGUGUGCAUUGAAUGAACAGAAGUUAUUGGAUCAUGUAAUAUAUUGUCCAGUCUGUACAUAACCACAAGUGUUUAUGUGAAUUGAGAAAUUUUCUCUUGGCUUUGUCAGGUAGGUAUGUUAUAGCAGUUUUUUAAAUCUGUACAUUUUUUUAAAAAUAGCUUUGUAUAUAGGAUUCCUUGGUCUUAAUCUUGUUCACGAUUGUCAAUGGUGUGCAUUUUCAAGUGUCCAUUUACCUUUUCAAAAACUUCUUCUAAAUGUUAAUGUUUCUUUGGGACAAUGGCAUUUAACAAUGAAUGUAGAAAUGUGUACAAUAGAUUAAUUUCCUUCCACUGCAGUCUGGACAAUCCCUAAAACAGCUGAGAAUAGGUACAACAAACCUCAAAGCUUUCAGUAAUACAAAAGCAAAGUACUACACAUGCUGGAAAAACUCAGCAGGCCAGGCAGCAUCUGUGAAGAGAAACAGUUAACAUUUCGGAUGGAGUGACCUUUCAUCAGAACUGGGUUCAAAAGAACGUUUCCAACUAGUCUAAAUUCCUCUUUAACACACUACAGGACUGUGAUAUCAGGAUUUGUACAUAUUUUAUAAAGGUAAAUGAGAUAGUUAAUGACCACCAACUUGGUUUGCUGAUACUUUACUGUUAAGCUGAAUGAUGUGUGGCAGUUGUCAACAUGUGUAUUUAUUUUCAUUUUAAAAAGAAUACCAAUAGACUUAUUGAAUCUAAAUAACAAAAUAUUUUCAACAGGUGAUUCUUGACUGGAUCUAUUGAUAUUGUGAUGGACAUUUCAAAUAUGUGAUUGGGUAGCAGGUUUUACAUUGAUCUGCAACUUAUUCUGUAAGCUCCCAUUGCUACAUGGUCUCUCUCUCUCUGUUGGUAUUGGUGACCUCGGAUUGACAGCAGCUGUGAUGUUCCUCUUUGCCAACCUAGCCAUUUGAGGAAUUACCCCCACUUUUUAAAAAAAAAAGCCAGGUUAUUUACACUACUACAAGUCUGCAUGCUGGAUCAGCAAUUAUCAGAGCACACACCUGUAAAGGAACCCGUCCAGUUCUCCAUCAUUGUUUUUUGUAUGGAGGAAAAUGAGAUGGCAAUUUACAGACAUACUCUCUGAUCUGCUGGAUAUUUGCUGCAGCCUUGCAAUUCAUAGCCCUAGGAAUUUCUCCCCUAUAUUCUCCAGAGCCUAGCACAGUCUCUGACACAGCUCUUGGCUUCACUAUAAUAUUGAUGUCCUGCAGUUUAACCAAAUACAAUGUUUUCACUAGGUUCACUUGCCAUAGUAUUGGUGAUACUUAUGGUUUAGGGAAAUUCGACUUCAGCGAACACAGGAUGUUUGUCAAUAUGCCUUAAUGUGGACUAUGCUAGUUCAUUCCUUCUCUUUGCUCCCAACACCAGCAUUUCAUCAUUGCAUUGUAUUCUCAAAAUACAUUUUUUUUCAGACACAACCCAAGUUUGUGAGACACAAAUGUGACUCUGGUCAGUUUCACAGUUCAAGUGAGCAAACAUGUUACAUAUCCACCAUCACGCUUGCUGACAAUGUUAAAAUAAUGUGCUUAUUUAAAAAAAGCUUCUAUCUAAAUAUUCUUAAUUAGCAUUUGUUGCAGAAAAAUGAAAGCUUUUGUAACAUGCAUAUUAUGAAUUUUAAUAAUUUUUAUUGGAAUAUUUGGAGAGUCAUUGCUAAAUGUGAAACCACUAUUAAAAUGAAAGAAAAAACCAUGUGUCAAAACAUUGAAUUUUAUAAACAUUUAGUCAACCUA